AUGAAGGUUUCAAAUUCGACUGGAGACAUGAAUCGUUUGCGAUUCAUUAAUUUGUCUCCUACAGAGAUCGAAAGUCUACAAAUGAUUGUAACAAUAUCAUUUGUCAGGGUAGACCAAAACCCAGCGCUUGUCUGAAGAGAGAAUCUAGCAAAAGUCUAGGCGACUGUUAGGUUUUUCCGAGGUUGCAGGGCGCUGUUGGCCCCGGCACCUGCUGCCAGGUCCUCAUCCGCUGGCGCUGCUGCUGUUGCUGCCACAAAAUCACCGUUGAAAUCGACUCAGAAGCCCAAGACGGCGAGAUCCCGGAAGCCUAAAUCGCCCCCUCGAACCAUGGCGAGACCCACCGGCAAUCUCAAGAUCCCUCCUGUUUCCCCUACCUUGAGCACGUUUCUUGGAGCCAAUAACGCCUCUCGCAGUGAUGCAGUCAAGCAGAUCUGGUCCUACAUCAAGACCCACAACCUCCAGAACCCAAAUGACAAGAGGGAGAUCUUUUGUGAUGAGGAGCUUAAGGUCCUCUUUGGUGGAAAGGAGAAGGCUGGUUUCUUGGAGAUUGGGAAGUUGCUAGCCCAGCAUUUUGUGAAGACUAAUUGACUGUUCGUUUUCAAGAAUCCAGUUUCGGUUGGCCAACCUCUAUUGAACAAGCUCUUUUAAAUUCCAUCUAUCUUGAAUCCCUUAUGGUGUAUCCCACUGAAUAGCUUUUAUUUUAAGAGCAGAACUCCUAGGGUUGGGUUUGCAACUAAACAGGUUUCUAGCUGGACAUGUUGUAAAAAUUUGGUAGGAAGAAGAUGAUUAGCUUCUUAUUUGCUUUGUGACUUGAAUUUCACUGUUGGUGAUAUCUGUGCUGCUUCGACUGACUGGUAGUAUGGUGUGGAAAAGUCGUUGAAAUGGGAAGCAUAUCAAAUUGUGGACUACGCAUAACAGGUACAGUGAUCUCUUGCAAGGGGUACGAAGCAAGGUUAUGCUUUGGUUCCCUGUUAUUUAAAUUGCUUGGGAGUAGCGUUUGUUAAUGAAUCGAGUUAGAGUAUAGUUGAGAAUUGGGGUACACAAGCUCCAUUCAUGGAGUUCGACCUUCAUGUAGGAUAAACUUAUCAUUUGUCA